AUGUCGUCCCAUUUAGUUCGCAAUCCAGGUAUUCCACUCGAUUUAGAAUGGGUAAGCAAGACAAGAAUCAAUCUUCCCGCGGUAAAACGACGCUCAGAUACGCUAAAAACCCGACGAUCAAUUAAAAAGCAGUGGCAAGCGGCUUGGCUUCUCCGUGCAGUGACCUGCAUAGACCUCACCACUCUGUCAGGGGAUGACACAUCUACCAAUGUAGCGCGUCUGUGUUUCAAAGCUCAGAAUCCUGUUCGACAGGACUUGUUAGAAAGCAUGGGGAUGGCGGACAAGGGGAUAACUACGGGUGCCGUUUGUGUUUACUCGUCCCGUGUUCCAGACGCAGUCAAAACUCUGAAGGAUAUCAAGUCCAAAGUUCCUGUAGCUUCAGUGGCAGCAGGAUUCCCAGCAGGUAGAAAUUAGAAUUCUUGAAGGGGUGGGCUGGGGGUGUGUGCUGGGGUAAUUUCUUAGGCCUGUUUCCUCCUCCAAUAGUCCACUUUCAAUAGAUUAAAAUUCUAACAUGAAUCCGAGGCUUUCUGGUCAUUUUUCUAAAUUAGGUUUGGUUUUCUUUGUGCUCAAGCCUCUUCUGGGAAUUGCGAGACAAUGGAGUCGUGAAAAAUUUCCAAUUUUGUCUCUAAAGCCUGGAAGUCAUGUUAGACUUUCAAUAUACCCAACUAUUACAGAGCUGAUACAGGACUAUAACAGCGAAUAUUUUAUUACGUGCUACCACCCACGGGACACUCACUAUUGUUACAGUCUUGGUCUUGUGUGCUAGUGGAUAGCCGAUUUCAGUCAAGUCCCUCAUACAGUCCUCUAUGACUGGUGUAAAGUUAUAAGUAAAUUUUGACCCUGCUUGCCAUAGAACCUCCAGUAGCUCAGUGGUUGGAGCAUGCAAACUGGAACUUAAAGGGUUGUGAGUUCAAUUCUUUUCUGGAGCUCAGAAUUUUUUCUGUGCUUUCUGCUAUUAGAAUUCUCCUUCUUCCAAAUCUCUUGACCUAAUAAAGUAGUUCAGUGUAAUACUGAGAAAGGACAAAAUCACUAACAAUUCCAAAUUUCAGUUCCUCCCCAAAAUCAAAUAACUCCGUGCUUUCAAUAUCAGUUACAUAAUGUGGUUGACCUUGAUGAAACAAGGAUGAUGCACAUGCACAUAUUAUGAGACAAUUCAAACUGGUGCCAAAAAUGCAGACGAAUGAUGAAAAAACUUUGUGAAAAGGUCACCCCUUAGUAACACAAGAAAACCCAGCAAUUACAUCGUACCAUCGGUUUCCCAAGUUAGGAAUUGCAUUCCCCAAUGUCAAGCACAAUUAUCAGUGCUAUGUGAAAAUUAUACUAUCAAUGUAAAUCCUGAAUUAUGUGUAGCCUCAAAGCGUGCAUAUCAGGCAGCCUUUUAUAAAGUUCUGUGACAAGUAAUGAGUACAUGUACAAUAUAUAUUUAGAGGAUUUUCUUUUUGUAACAGACAUGCCAUGGAACUUUUUUGCUCACUUUUGUUUUUGGUUUUUUGUUUUCUUUCUUUUUUGGCCAACAAUACCUGCUUGAAAACAAACCUUUUCAAAACCUCUCUGUGUACAGAGUAGCAUUAUACAUGUAAAAUAAAUUGACUAACAGUAUUUAAUUACAUUUUGAUUCUAAUGAACUGGUAUAAGGGAAAUACCAGUACUCAAAUGGGCAGGUAUCAAAGGUCUUCCAAUGAACAGUUCUGUUUAAAUUAACCCAAUAAUUAUCCCCUCUAUAACACUUGUGACAUCAUCAGUUUUAAAGGUCAAGGACAACUUUGUCAUCUAACUUGUGCAGUGGGACAAGGUCUUUUAAACCAAGCCAGAAUGAGCACGAUUCAGUCAGGUGGAGACCAGAUAAAAAAAAAAUGGCCGCAAAGGAGACUAUGGAGGGAAAAAAGUGAUAAGUGAAAGUCAAGACUGCUAAGUCACUUUUAAACCCAAAAACUACAUUACACAAAAUUUUGCUUUCUGAACAUGCCCAAACUUUGGAAGCUGAUAUUUUACAUCUACAAGAGAAGGCCACAAAGCACUUGACUGACAUGUAUAAAUGGCGUUUUGGACUGGAACAGCUCAUUAAAGCCAGGCAGUGACCAGAAGUUACAUGUAAUUCUCGAUUAUCUUCAAAGGCGAUUAUUGAUGAUCACACCCCACCAUAAGAACAAGAGGAGUGGGCGCGCUAGGAAUUAUUAAAGACUGAGCCAUUAAUACAAGUUUCAUGACUUUCAUUUCAAUGUGUUAAUUAUGAAUUAUUGUGUAUAAAAAAAAUUAUAAUCUUAGGUCAGACCCCAAUAAAGCAAAGACUGGAGGAAAUAGAAAUUGCAGUGGCCUCAGGUGCAACAGAAAUUGACAUAGUAAUCAGCAGAGCAUUUGUACUGGAGGGAAACUGGAAGGAACUUUAUAAUGAAGUAAAAGCCAUGAGAAAGGCCUGUGGAGAUGCUCAUCUGAAAACUAUUAUUGCAACAGGUAUGGUGGGUGUAUAAUGUUUAUAAAUUACGUUUGUUAAAUCCCCUCACUGCACUGUCUUUGUUCUUGCUUGAUUAAAUAAGUGAAAUAAUGCCUGAGAUGUCUGGCCAUGGUGCAAGUGCUACACUUUUAACAUACUGGUAAUUUUUUUUUUUUUUCAGGUGAACUUGGCUCCCUAACAAAUGUAUACAAAGCCAGUCUGGUUUGCAUGAUGGCUGGAUCAGAUUUCAUUAAAACAUCAACUGGAAAAGAAGCAGUUAAUGCAACUUUUCCUGUUGCAUUAGUCAUGGUGCGAGCAGUCAGGGAUUAUUAUCAGGUAUAUUUCACCUUCCUUAAUUUCAACUACAACUGUUAAGGGUCUGUAUGUGAUUCCUUUAAUUGUAAAAAUUCUUUUAUUGACCAAGCUUGUUCAGUUGUCUUGGACAGGGGUGUCAUUAAGGCUUUAAGUUGUUUGGUAUUAUUAUCAUGCAAUUUGUAGGAGACUCUAUACUAACCAUAGGAAAUCCUGGGCAGCUGUAAAGGGUGGGUGGGUGGGGGUGGGGGGGUGGAGUACUCUACACAGUUUUAUGCAGGGAGGCUUUAUCCUGAGGUCCAACCCCUCAAUGCACCAUUAUUGGCAGUCAAGGUACUCUUCUUAGGCAGUCAGCCUCCCCAUAUAGGCCAUUAUAGGGAGUAUCCUUAAGGGCGUCUGAUCCUCAGUAACAGCCCUGCUUGGAUAUUGCUCUCUGUAGCUUUUAAUGGGACUACACAUGCUCUCAGUUCUUAAAAACUUGGUGAGUAUCAUGACUAACCACCUUGCAUCUUGACCUAAUGCUUGAUAAGUAGAGUUGUAAUGCAAUUUUGAUGUAUAUUAUUUUACUUCAGGCCAUAAUUAAAUUCAGUAUAAAAGGUUGAUUCUCAAUUCCUUUGUCUCCCAACCCUAAUUCAUGAAUAAUUAGGGUUAGGCAACAAAGGGAAUUGAAAAUCAAUCUAGCUUAAGAGGUGUUAACCAGAAUUAUUUAAUUUUUACCUGUAACACAUACUUUAAUAUUGUUUCAAGUACCAAUAAUUCACAUGACUUGCAUUAAUACAUGUACUUAGAGUCUGGUAUCUGUCUGCUAACCAAAACCCCUUUGAUUUGUCUGUUCUUCAACAAGAUGUUUUAAUGUUUUUGCUUUAAAGAUUUUUAUUACAGUAGUACAUGGUUCACUUACAUGUACUAAGUCAGUGAAUGUGUUCCUUGUAAAUGUGUUCCCUUGAAAGGUUUUUUAUAAGUAAUGUAUAGUAUUAUUAUGUAUUUUUAAUGAAUCUGUCACACGAUCACUUCUGGUUACCAGUAAUUUGCCUUUCCUUUCAGCAAACAGGUCACAAAGUAGGCUUCAAGCCUGCUGGUGGAAUACGUAGUUCUAAAGAUGCAUUGACGUGGCUUUCUUUGAUGAAGGAAGAACUCGGAGAUGAGUGGACACAUCCUAACUUGUUUAGGAUUGGAGCCAGCUCUCUGCUUGGUGACAUAGAAAGACAGCUCUUCCACUUUGUAACCGGGAGGUAAGUGAGGAAAUAAAAAAUAUUAAUACAUUUUAAUACCUAGCCUUCUAAGUGAGGUGUGCUCUGUAGGUGGCCUUACUGUACUUAGUCUUGACCAAAGGAUCAAGUUUAAGUUCUAUGUACUAGCCCAAAAACUUGACGUGACUGUAUGAAAGCCUCUGCUGCAAUAGGUCCUACACAAUACAGUGUGCCAGUGGGUUUACCAGCAGUCAUGUGUACGUGGUAAUGAAGUGAUAAUAGCAACUAUAGAGGCCUUCCAAGAGGUGGGGGGGGGGGUGGGUAUGCAACAGUUGUUAUUGAUUUCUCCCUCUAGGGACCAUUCUUGAACAUCACCACAACAGAAAACGUUUCAAAAUAAAUUUUCACAUCUGACAGAAGAACCUACAGAGUAGAGGCUCAUUUAGGGUGGCAACAUGUGUCCCUGGUCUGAAUUUUUAACCCCUUCAUUUCACAUUAUUUAGCCGAGAGCUAUGUCUCUAUCCAUUGUAUUCAUGCUUGUCUUCAUCACUGUUGCAGUUUCAGUCCAUCUUGGUGGCAGUUGUUUGUGGCUGUUUCACCCGAGUGUCUUAAUGUCACUGUUUAAUGUCCUGUCACCUGUUGGAAUUUCGUAGUUACUAAAACGUGGAACAAGCUAAAACCACCUAAAACCACCUAAAACCAUCUACAACCACCUACAACCACCCCAAAAAAUUCAACAACCACCUACAACCAUCUACAACCACCUCAAAAACAUCUACAACCACUUGCAAACAAUCUAAAACCAUCUAAAACAAGGUAUAAAUGUCUGAAAUAAGGCGAGACGACAAAAAGUCACAUACAUGAAAUACGAGAAUCGAACAAAACAUCCACUUCCCCCUAAAAUCUUACUCUCCCUGGUCCCUUGUAUCAUCAACCAUUAAGCUUAACACAAAACUUCCACCGCACUGUCCUCUUAUGUUGAGAGGGCUGGGAUAUAAGUUUGAUUUUGUUUCCUCUCUCUUCUGAAACUCAUCGACAAUUUGAGUAUAAUUUAAGCAACAACUGAUGGUUUGUGAUUUUUAAUUGUUUUAAAAUCAUGUUUAAAAUGUCACAUUACCAGUGAUUACAUAUGGUGCGAAAUCUGGAAUAUGUCUGGAAAAUUCAUUUUUAACAAUGAUUUAAUAUACCUACUAGUCUCCGUUUCCUGUGUCGUGACCCAAGGGAGUUUAGCGAUGCGUGAUGACACAGGUAACGGGUGUGAAAGAUACUAGGGUUAAUCUAAAGGAGUCACCUGGAAUGUACAAACAGGUUUGGUGGAUGAUAAACAGAUACUAAAAGAAUUAACUUGUCCUUAGGAAUGUAAUCCGCCACCUCAGAACAAAACAGCAGUGAAGCGGACUCCGAGAGAGAAAGAAACCCUACCUUGUGCCCCUUGUGCCAUUAUGUGAACAAAUGAAACGUGAACCAAAACGUGUCACUGGUACCCAGGGUAGAAAAGCCAAAUCAAGUCAGUCUUUCGACUACGAGUUUGUUAUUUUAUUUUAUUAUUUUUUGUGACUUGAUAGUUUAUUUUGUAAAGUUCUUUAAGUCUUUUAAUAUACUUAGCAUGAUCUCGCAUUUCAUUUCGUGACUUAAGCCAAUGGUUGAUGAGACAAGGGACCAGGGAGAGUAAGAUUUUGGGGGGAAGUGGAUGUUUUGUUCGAUUCUCGUAUUUCAUGAAUGUGACAUGUUGUUGUCUCGCCUUAUUUCAGACAUUUAUACCUUGUUUUAGAUGGUAUUAGAUUGUUUGCGAGUGGUUGUAGGUGUUUUUGAGGUGGUUGUAGAUGGCUGUAGGUGGUUGUUGAAUUUUUUGAGGUGGUUGUAGGUGGUUGUAGAUGGUUUUAGGUGGUUUUAGGUGGUUUUAGGUCGUUCCAUGUUUUAGUAACUACGGUUGGAAUUUACUGUAACAGGUCCUCAGUGUAUGUAGCUUCCCACAUGAGGAGCCAAUUAAUCCAGCACAUUAAUUAUUUUGUAGACGGUUUUAUCCCCUUUUAUGUAGAAAGCUACUGCCAUGACUUACUGGUAGUCAAACCAUCCAUUGUAUUUUAUGAUUUAUAAACUAAUUUCUGUCUGGUCAUUUAAUUUUUCCAGAUAUGCUGCACAACAUGAAAUGGCCAUGGCUUGAUCACAGAUCUGACAACAGGUCAAUGACAACAACUUACUUGUAUCAAAAAAUAAUGACAAAAUUUACCCUGAUUUGGGCCCAGGUUUAUUCUAGAACAAAAAGCCAUUGUGAUUGUUUUCCACUGGUUUCCAUGCGGGCCUUGAACUGAAGAGAAAAAUAAUUCAUGGGCCAACAUUUUUACAUCUAUCUAGUAAUAAUUUACGUGUCAAAAUAAUAACACUACGCAAUGAAUUUACACUGUAAAAGUCUCAGGACUACUUCUACAUACAGUCAUCAAAAUGCACAUCUCUUUGAACAUACAUGUACAUUACAUACUGCAGCUUUGAACAAUAUACACUGUACAUGGAUGUAAGGUCCAAAGCCAGAGAAAAUGUCUAUAAAAGUACUUUUAAUUCGUUUAAUUCAAGUUAUCUGUGUCUGUGUUGGGGCUUUUUUGUCUGCCCAGUGGGAUGCUGGGGUCAGGGUAUUAAUUCUGGCAGCUGGUCAAUAAUAAACAGUGUACUGAUAAUUAUACUGAGAACUUCGCAAUGAUCAUCUUGAACUACUUAUCUCAAAACAAAAGUUUCCUUUUGUUGAUUUGCCUUUCUUUUAUUAUUGUCUUCAUGUUGUAUUGUGGAGGGUUUGGGGUUCUUAAAUGCAUAACCUGUGCUUGCAUGAUUCAUGGAAUUGCUUCAGUAAUAACGGGGUAUCAAAUUUGUGUACUUAUGAAUGGCCGUUGUUUUGAGGUGACCAUUCAAUCUUUUGAUACAGUAGAGACCUUGGGUAGAGAUAUUGUGUGACACCAAUUAUUUUUGAAAGUCAGAACAUUCUUAUUUUAAAAAAAGAGGUUUAUCAUAGCAUGAGAGUACAUGUCAGAGAGUCAAAUUUUGUCAACAAAACAGACACAAAAAAUUUCAGGACAACAAUUAUAACAAAAAGAAGUGAGGUAAAGUCUACAACAUUUUGUACAACAUUUGCUUAAAGUGACAGCUGUGGAGUGGAGAGGUUAUUUUGGCAGUGCUAGAACAGCCUGGGUGGCCACUAGAGAGAGAGGUUAAAACAAGGGUAUAUAGAAUGUCUAUUGGAUCAAAAAAUGGUAUCAAUUGUGGACAUGUGCAGACACACAUCACCCAUUCUUUAUUCUUUACAUCUGCUUAGAAAGCCGAGAUCGUCCAAAAGCUCUACAGAACUUGCUUGAUCUCCUGCCUUGUAGUAAUGUAAUAGGUUAUGUGUGUACAAAUGAAUGUAUGGUAAAUAAAGGCACUUCUUCUAUAAAAGUAAAUAGGAUAUAUCUGCAUAUGGACUAGAGGAUUUUUCGGUGGACAGUAGUCCCCUCAAAGAUAAAGGAAAAUUGGUCAAAAUGGAAAUUGAAAUUGAAAUUCUUGGUUGAAAAAUAUUGUUAAAAAUUAACGCUUGGGGUGUCUUACACUUUAUGAGGGCCAGAGUGAGAAAGAGUUUAACUUGGUGCUGUUGCCGUUUUGUCUCCUCUGGUGAUUUUUAUACCAUGGUCUUCCCCGACAAUGUCAUGACUGAAUUUACGUCACGCACAUUAUCUCGAGGUUCUAAAAAUGUCACGCUUAAUUUAACGCAACACACCUUGUCUUGGUGUUUUACGUGUUAAAAACGAACACCAUCUCUACGUGAGUUCUUGUUCUCGCAAGGCGAGUUGCUUUCAAGCUAAAAUUCAAGGAAGGGUUGGAAAAAAAUUUUGUUAUCGAGACAUAAACAAAGGAGACCGCCAUUGCGCACGCGGUUGUUGUUUUGUUACGUCACAUUCAUGCCGACAAACACGCGGCCGGCAAAGGCACAAUCGUGCAUUUUACGGCAUGUUACACUUACAUUGAUAUUGGCCACCUUGUGUCGAAAGAAACAUGGAGAACAAAAUUAUUCUUAUUAUUUUAGCCGAUGUCGUCGGAUGGGGAUAUUUUCUAUGCUGGACAGUGUCUUUUUUGCCCCAGAUCUACGAAAAUUGGCGACGAAAAUGUGUGGUGGGUUUUUCCUUCGACAUGCUUGCGUAUUUUCUUCUCAGUUAUAUUACCUAUCUGAUUUACAACGUGACUGUAUUUUUCGACCCUGGCUUGGUUUUCGACAAUUCCGGCGAAGAUAACCCCGUUAAAACCACCGAUGUGGUGUUCGCCAUUGUUGCAUUUAUUUGUACAUCUUACCAAGGAAUUCAAUGCUUGAUGUACGAUCGUGGAUCACAAAAGAUACACUCCAGCACUAUCGUGGUUUGUGUUGGCUGCUUGGUCGCCUUGCUUAUCCUGGUUGUUUUAAAGUGUUUUGGUAUCGGUUCGUGGUUUUUGGUCCUGCAGUAUUGCGGAUAUGUGAAGCUUGUUGUCUCGUUUGGGACGGUGAGUUUGUUUUGUUUUGUUUUUGUUUUUGUUUUCUUUUUUAAUUUGAGUAGUCUAAUGUCUAAUCAGUUUGGGCACAACAUUCGCAGAGUUACUCGUGUACUACAUAAUAACAUUGUAUCCAUUUUCGAACAUCUUAUUUGUAAUAAAAUACAUUAUCUAAGUAGCUGUUAGGGCCUCAUGAUCGUCAAUUUCAUGACGUCACGGUGGCCAUUUUGUAAACGUGUACCAAAUCUUGUGGGAAAUGAACUCUUUUCUCAUGUAAAUUCUUGUUCCAAGAAAUUUGCUUGGCUGCUGAUCACGUGAGUGACAAUUAUCUACCAGUACACCUGGCACGCACAGUUUUCCCUCCCAAAGACCGAGUUCAGAGACAUUACUUAACACUCUCAACUCCUUUUAAUUGUCAUAAACAAUUUUGCUUGCACAUGAAAGGACCCUUCCCCAAUUAUUAGCUGCCCCUGUCUGUCUCAGGAGGACAAUAAUUAUUAUAUUAUAUUAUUAGUAGUAUUUAUUAUUAUUAUUAUAUUAUAUUAUUAUUAUUAUUAUUAUUAUUAUUAUUAUUAUAUUAUUAUUCUAUUGCUUCUUCAGCAAGGUCCAAAAUAGCAAUAAAUUAACCAGCUGGUGGCUCGUGUUAUUACAAGUGCUUCAUAUUCAAAACAUUCAGCUGAUAUUUGGCAUGAACCUGGGUGGCUUUCACUAAGAGAAAAGAGACAACAUCAUAUGGCAUUAAUGAUGUUUAAACUAAAUCAUGGCUUCUGUCCCUCUUAUUUGUCUGACAUGUUUGACGUUAAUACAAGUCAGCUCAGUUACGACCUUUGCUCAUUCUAGAAUGAAUCUAAUAGUACCAAAAGCAAGAACAAACUAUUUUAGGAAUAGUUUUGCUUCUGCAGGUGGUAAGCUCUGGAAUUCCAUUCCUGCCAGUUUAAGGGAGAGACCUCUUUUAAAGGCUAAGAUCGGGUUGUAUAUACUAUCUACACAAGCAUCAUAAUUUUAGUUUUAUUAUUAGGUUUUAUAUUGUGUGUGAUCUUUUCUUAGUUUAGUUUUUAGAUAUAUAAUUGUCCAUAUUUUGUUAAUUAAUUAAUGCAUGGCUUUAGGUAGAACAGGUACUUUAAUUAUUGUAAAGUUAUUUGAUAUUUGGGUGAAAAAAAGUUUUCACUCACACCUAGAGAUUGAAAGCUGACAAGCAGAAUCUUUUAACACACCCUGGCCGAACCUGUAAUCAGGGGACACUUGCCUGUGUCUCUGAGAUGUUACCUGAAGUGAUGUUCCCUUGUAUUGCUUUCCCGGGGGGAGGGAGCACUCCCUUAAUUGGCCUGAAUGGAUAUGUGCCACCAAACAGGGUAUGGUUUUUGAGGUCUUGAUAAUCUCCUAAAAUGACUACUCAAAAAUUAGUCAGUUUUCAUCAGCCAGUCCUGUUACUGAAAAAUAUGUGCCAAACUCUGUAGAUUAGCCACUUACAAAGUCAUUUACUCUCAUCAUUGGCAAGAAUAAUUAUACUAAAAUCAACCAAAGCCUGUUACUCAAAUUCUACUUAAAGAGGUUAGAAUAGAGAAUUCAAGACAUUGAGACUGUGAGAUCAAUACCCAGAUUUUUAAAGAUUUUUAAAGAUUUUUAAAAGCAUUUUUAUGAAUAUGAGCCCAUGGUUUACCCGUAAAACUUUCAAGCCUGAGACUCUGAGUGCCAAAAUUUCAAGUAAUGGUAUAGAUGUAAGGCAGAGUGAAGACUGGUGAUAAGCUGUUCCCAAGACAUUACAGCUGUGUAAGAAUUGUUUAGUUAGAAGCGUGAUGUUUAGCGCCAUGUUUUAAACAAAUGGGGAAAGCUAGUGGUUUUAUCUGUUUCCUGUAAUGUUUCAAGCAAAGUAAGAAGACAAUUGAAAACGGCAAUGUUAGUUCUACUGAGUCAUUUAGGUUUAUAUAUAUCUAUCUAAAAUUUAUUUGCCUCCAUCACAAUAAUUGAUGAUUCAUGCAAAUAUGUACAGUUGUUUCAUCAUACACUGUAUAUGUUGGUUAUUUACCGCUGCUAAAAGAAAAUAAUAUAUGCGUGACACCUUACAAAAUGUUGCCUGUGGCCUUUUUUGACCGAGUAAGGAAACAUUAGGUACUGGUGAACAUUUUCUCAAGGAAAAAUGUUGGCACCAAUAAUAUUCCUGUACAUACACUUAAAGACAACAGAUUGCCAAAUUUGGAAACUUUGCAGCACUUUCCAAAAUUGGGAAUGUUCUUGUAUGGUGCCCUUAUAACAUAUAUUUUCUUUUAAUAUUUCAGUAUUCUCCGCAAGUGUGGCUGAAUUUUAAACGAAAGUCCACCACAGGAUUUCAUAUUGGUGGGGUACUGCUUGAUUUUGGAGGUGGAGUGCUCAGCUUGCUACAAAUGGAUAUCUACUGUUUCAUUGAACACAGUAUCAAUCAGCUGACAGGCAACAUUCCCAAAAUGGCACUUGCUGUGGUCACACUCCUAUUCAACAUUAUCCUUGUUUGGCAGCACUAUGUCUUCUACCUUGGUAAUGAACUUGUUGGUGCUGACGAGCAGAAACCAUUGCUGAGAGGUGCCAAGAAAACAAAGUUUUAUUCAGUUGAUGUCAAUUCUGAAGAAGGCGAUUUUCAGGUGACUAGUUUGUCCCUCUCAGUAGACGAGAACACAGAAAACCCAAGAAGUCGUAAAUCAAAUUCACAAGAAUCUUUGGUGUAAGAAUUUCUCAUGGGUAGAAAUCUAUCAGGGGAUUUGAAACUGCACAUGAGCUAAAAUGCUCAACUGGUUUUGCCAGAGUCAUUGGGUAGCAGAAUACAGGGGUUUUAAAUCAGGCUAACAGUGGUUUUAUUUUUCAGCUAAUACCACUAACAAUUUGGGUGUACAAUGUUUUACACAUUUUUCAAUAUUAUGGGUACAUCUUAAUUAAGAGAGAUUUUUUAGUAUAAUGUUGGUAUCAAUAUACCACUAAAUGUAGGUCCAUGACCAUCCCUUUCUCUUGGGUAGGGGUUGGUUUAAGAUGGUUGGGGUACUACAAGUAUGAUGAUAAAAAUUUCCAAGAAUAAACUAUUGAGCACUUGAGGUGCCAAAAUGCUGAGUUAAAUACUAGAUUUAUUAGAAAAAAGUCCUAAUUUAUAAAUCCAAUGUAUAUUUUAAUCAUGGGGAUGCAUCCCACCUUGUGGGUCACCAUCUCUCUCUUAGAAU